UGUUAAGAAACAUGGUUGUGUAAGCCGCUGUCAUAAGGCGUCACUGACAGCAUCCUCGGCGCUGGACUUCUUCUUGUUUUGUGGUCAUUAAGGAAGCAAACAUGUUACUAACUUUGAUAAGGACGACGAUAUUGAACGGUUGUAGACGAGCCGGAGUGGCAAAUCAACACAGUAACAGUGCACAAGUACGUCACUGGCUGACGAGAAGGGGCCACAGCACCAUCACAGCCGAGGCAGGAGCUUCAUCCUCCCCAGCAGCAGCAGUUUGUGUCCCCAAUGCAGCCACAAACAGGAUAGUAGGUCGCUGGUUACUUGGUUGUAGUGGCCUGGUGGUGGGUGCUGUUGUCCUCGGUGGCGUCACGAGACUAACAGAAUCCGGCCUGUCCAUGGUGGACUGGCACCUGGUGAGAGAGAUGAAACCCCCUCAGUCGCAGGCAGAGUGGGAGGCUGAGUUCUCAAAGUACCAACAGUUUCCUGAGUUUAAGAUAAUGAAUCACGGCAUGACUCUGCCCGAGUUCAAGUUCAUCUUCUACAUGGAGUGGGGUCAUCGUAUGUGGGGCAGGCUGGUGGGACUGGCCUACAUUCUCCCCACUGUGUACUUCUGGAGGAAAGGCUACUUCACUCGCUCCAUGAAGGGCAAAGUGAUGGGCCUUUGUGGAUUCGUCUUCUUCCAGGGUUUGUUGGGUUGGUACAUGGUCAAAAGCGGUCUGGAGGAGAAGCCAGAGUCCCACGACAUCCCGAGGGUCAGCCAGUAUCGACUGAGUGCUCACCUUGGUUCUGCUUUGCUCCUUUACUGUGCCAGUCUGUGGACCGGACUCACGCUCAUGCUGCCUGCACACAAGUUGGCAGAAACCAAACGUCUCGUGCAGCUUCGGAGGUUUGCCAAAGGCACGGGUGGGCUUGUCUUCCUCACAGCUCUUUCAGGUGCUUUUGUGGCUGGAUUGGACGCGGGCCUGGUGUACAACUCGUUCCCUAAAAUGGGAGAACGCUGGAUCCCUGACGACCUGCUGGCCUUUUCUCCCACCCUGAAGAACUUCUUUGAAAACCCUACAACUGUUCAGUUUGACCACAGGAUCUUGGCAGUCACCUCUUUGACCGCCAUCACUGGGCUCUAUUUGUUCUCCAGAAGGAUGGUGCUGCCCAGGAGAGCUAAGAUAGCCAUCAGCCUCCUGGCAGCAAUGGCUUACGGACAGGUUGCACUGGGAAUCAGCACCUUGUUACUGUACGUGCCCACUUCGCUCGCAGCCACCCACCAGUCUGGAUCUGUGGCACUUCUAUCGCUGGCCAUCUGGGUUCUGGCCGAGCUCAGAAAGAUGCCCAAAUAAUGAUGGACAUGUUUCAUCCAUGUGGAGCCAGAGGAUGUCGCACCACCGCUGCUGCGCCUCCCUUGAAGCCCUGCUGGUCCGCAACACACUAUGAAAACCUGCUAAUUCAUAGAAUUUUUACUUCUUUUUUUUUUUCCUAAAAGUGGAAGAACCUGCUAUCGCGACAUGACUUUGGGGAUGACAACAAGUGGACAAAGACGGCCUGCAGUCUACUCAGGGUUAUUUUAAAGGCUAGAACCACUUGGACUUGUUGGCAAUGAUCCUACCAGAAUCCCAUGAAUGGGGGAGGGGAGGGGCGGGGAUAAUCUUCCGUAUGCAUGACGAAGGUCAUUCCUGUUGCACAUGCACGCGCUCAAAGGGCGAGGCACCUGUGGAUGGCCAGGAAACAUCAGACGGACAAGCAGACUUUGGAGCGCCUCGCUAAAUAACGAUAUAAGUGACAUCAUCAUGCGACACUGAAAUCAGUUCCCAUCCGAAAACGUGUUUGAGCCUCCCACUUGUUCAUCAGAAACGUCCUUCCGGCUGCAUCAGGAUCAUAUGGAUCUAGGGUAGAGGUCCAUCAGGAAGAGGAAGAAAACAAGAGGUGGCUGCUUGCCUUCUGCCAAGUGUUCUGUCACACACUGAAGUCUUCCACUGAUGCUUCACGGGGGCGGGGGCUGUUGCUUCCCUCUCGCUUUGAAUCCAGAGAAGGUCCACACGCACACACAAACACACACUCACUAACUGUGUCUUUCCACCCCCCACCCAGUCCUCGGGACCAGCACCUUCCCUGGUCCUCCUCUUCCUUAGAUGACGUUGUCAAACAACUGCAUGGACUGCAUGAUGUUCUCAUCCUGGAGACACAGGACAGUCCGGUAUGAAGCCAAGUGGAUCUUACACAUUUACAUCAUGUUCACCUUCUUUUACUUGUGGUUUAGCAUUCACUCCAGAUUUAUUUGCUCUGCUUUAAUAUGCAAAUAAUCAGAUUUUUAAUGGUAACUUAACCCUCUGGGGACAUUAUUUUUUUAUUAUUUCAAAGCCAAACAGGACAUAAAAGUCUGUACAGUUUGCAUUAACAUUUUGGAUUUUUUCUUGAUAAUUUCUCCAUUUCAGUCCUAAACCAAAAUAUCAAACGUCUAGCAUUUUUUUGUUUUUUAAACGUUUGUUUUAAAGGUCGUUUGAUCAACUAAUGGCACACGUUUGAAUGAGUAAAAUCACUCAUGUUAUGCAAAUUUAUACUCAUUGAAAAUUGUGACAAUAUUUUAUCAAAAGUCUUUCAAAGGGGUCAAAU